AUGAAGCUUAAAGGUCUUGUUUUGUUUGUUCUUUUUCUUCUUGCGUGCUCUAUAGUAGCUGUGGAAUCAGAGGUUGGGCCUCAAGGCGAUGAGGUGUUAGAACCCAACCAACGUAGAGGUGGGUUCUGCCGAGGCGGGCGAAUCCGAAGGUGUUGCGGUGGUUUUCUCCGCGGCCGGUGUUCGAGGUGGUGUUGCAGGAGUUCCGCUGAUGAAGCGGCGCUUCUAGAGCACGAUGCCACAGAUGGUGGUGGUGGAGAAUAUGGCGGUGGAGGGAAAGGUGGCGGAGAAGGUGGAGGAAAAGGAGGUGGUGAAUGUGAUGGUGGUGGGAAAGGCGGAGGCAAGGGCGGCGGUGGUGGCAGCCACGAUGGUGGAAAAGGCGGAGGCAAGGGAAGUGGUGGACACGGUGGCGGUGGAAAAGGUGGCGGUGGGCAUGACGGAGGUAAAGGUGGCGGUGGGCAUGAUGGAGGUAAAGGUGGUGGGAAAGGCGGAGGAUAUGGUGGUGGUGGUGGUGGAAAAGGCGGAGGGAAGGGUGGAGGAGGAGGAGGUUGCCAUGUUUGGAUCAUCAAUAUGAUCAAAUAA